CACCUAGCACUGUUCUGACGCUUUAGUGCCGAAAAUCCCGACACGGAAGCGUAUGUGCACUUCCCGUCUGGGUUAAAGGUGUCAAAUGUCAAAACAGAGCAGCAGCAGUCAGCCGAUGAAUGGAAACCCAACGUCGCUGUUAACCACACAAAGAGACUGAUCUGGUGUCUGCUUUCUGGUGGAUUUCAGUAUAAUAAAACACCUGGCAGACAUGGAGGUGACGGAGGAGGAGCGGCGGCAGGUGGAGGAGCAGGUGGAGAGGCUGCUGAGCGGUCAGGGGUCAGAGGUCACCGGCUGUGACGUGGGCCUGGAGCAGAGCAAACCGGCGACUCUGAAGAAGAACGUCACCUACAUCGUCUGCGCCGUCAUCUUCGACGACAAGGAGGAGGUGCUGAUGGUGCAGGAGGCGAAGCAGGACUGUUAUAAACAGUGGUACCUUCCUGCGGGGAAGGUCGAGGUGGGGGAGAGCCUGGAGGAGGCGCUGAGGAGGGAGGUGAAGGAAGAGGCGGGGUUUGACUGUGAGCCAAUCACAUUGCUGCUGAUCCAGGAGCAGGGACCGCAGUGGAUCCGCUUCAUCUUCCUGGCCAAAGUCACAGGCGGGAGUAUAAAGACUCUGUCAGCAGCAGAUCAGGAGUCUCUUCAGGCCUCCUGGUGGGACAGACAGUCUGUCCUCCCUCUGAGAGGACGAGACAUUCUCCGUCUCAUCGACUGUGGCCUCAAGUACCGUCAGGAUCCCUGGCAUCCCGUCACGUUACCUGUAGACCUGAGCUGCCGUCACGUGGUGCAGAGAGUCGUCCUGGUCUUCACCAACACUGAGGAUCAGAUCUGGAUCCUGCUCAUCAAAGCUCCGGGCCUCCACCUCCCCACAGGAGCGGCGGUGAAGACACACACGGUGACCUGGGCGGCCAACGUGGUGGUGCAGGAGGCCAUGCCGUCGGUGUACUACGACCACGACAUCAACACGCUGGGCGUCCUCAGCCUGCAGCACAACGGCAGGCAGCACGGGAAGACGGACGGCGUGUGCUUCAACACGCUGGUGGCGCUGGUGCCCGACCGAGUGCAACGCAACGAAGACGGGGAGAAGGUGGAGUGGACGCCAACGGGACGACCUCCACCUGUGGAAAACCCUCGAUACGUCUGGGUGGAAGUCCAGAAACGAACACUGAGAGAGAAACUGCUGGAAAAGACCAAACACACGUCCGUCCUCCCUCUUCACAGCCUCUACUGACCACAAAACGAGAGAACUCUUACUGUGAAAAGAACAUCUUAAGAAAGGAGCUUUUAUUCUGAACGAAAAUAAUGUCUAGUUUUAUUUAGUGGUUGGAAUGUGGUAAAUUUAAAUGUGAACGGAGCAAUAAAAUAGUAACAUGUAUGUUUGACUUCAUAAGAAAGAUUCUGAAUCUGUCAGGGAAACGUUUGUGAUGAAGCCUGAAAACAUGAGAUGUUGAGGUGGAAAUCCUGCUGUAGGCACUGACACCAACCGGGUUUCCAUCCAAAUGUAGCUGAAAUUCUAACCAAAUCUCCAGAAAAUCACUGAAAUAAAUCUGAGUCAAGUCUGGUUUCCCUCCGCUGCUGCUGUGUGAACGUGAGCUGACCAACAGCUGGUGGAGCCGAUUCUCCAGGCGCCGGCGUUACACCACCACAGAAGAAGAGGUCGCUAAAAGAGCUGCAGUCGGAGCUCAGACGAUGGGAAACCGUGCGGAGAACUUGGUGGAAAGUUCUUUAAAGCAGGAACUUAGACCAAGAUGUCGGCAGAGAAAAUGUCACUUCCCAGUGAAUUAAUGUCAUUUCUUAGGGAGGCGUUGUGGCAUUGACGGAAUUUGAAUUCCUGAGCUCAGCUUUUCUAGAAUCAUGGCUAUGGCUCUGGUCCAAAACACCGAAAGGGAUGUUUGUCAACAAAUAGCGUUUAUACCCUCGGUUUAAAGAUGAUGUGCACAUUCUCAUGAUUCCUGCAAGCAAAUGAGCUACGUGCUCACCUCAGAGGUCUACAGAAGUAAACGCAAAAAAAUCGGAAUUCAAAUCUCACACAACAUGAAGCUGAUCAGGCUGAACGUAUUUGCCAAAAAAGUCACUUUAUUCCUCUUUAUUCCUGUUUAAAGGGAGACAGCGCUCGACGUCAAAGUGCUUCGUCAGCCCAGUUUGUCGGCUCACGUCUGGUCAGCCGCCGUCUCCGUCGACACCUUCCUGAUGUAGUUGUCGUCGAGGCUCUUCAGGUGUUUGGUUCGGUUCUCCAGACGGACCAGCCACUCCCCCCUCAGCCUGUAAAACACACACAGGAAGCUCUUUAUUUUGCCUCCUCUCCCGCAGCCCGAAGGAACCGUAAACUUAGUAUCAUCGCCGAGGUCGUCCGGAUUUGUCCCCGCAUGCGGUGUCCGUGUUAUAUUACCGAUAUGUCGGAGCGGAGCAGUGCUGCAGCCUCGUGUCACUUAUUAGAAGCAGACAUCUUCAUUAAAAACGGGGGCUGGAGGAUGAAGAAUUCACUUGUACCAGAACAGCUCUUUUCUUGUAUUUACUAUGUUGUAUAUACAUCGAUUUUGUAUUUGCUUUUGUAAUGCGGCUUUGACGGAGAGCGCACACUUAACUCCCUCAUACCUGUAACUUGCACAGUGACGUAACGGUAUUGAGCUGAUUUGAAUUGUCUGAUGAUAAUAAAAAUGAG